AUGUAUAUUACUUUUGUUGUUCAACAGUGUGAAACUAAAAGAUAUAUUUCUUUUUUCAAAAAGUGGUUUGGUCAAGAGGUUGAAGAUGAUCCCACUGUAAAGAUUGAAAGUUUAAGUAAUACUUUGAAAUCUUCUAAAUCAAAGUUAACAACUGGAUUUAGAUGGAGUAAACCACCUCCACCUUUACAAACAGCAUUAAAUAGAAAUGCAAUAAACAAUAACAACAACAACAACAAUAGUAACAAUGAAAAUGUAAAUUUCAAACCAACAGCUGUGUAUUCUAUAGGAAAUAAUAAUCAAGGUCAACUAGGUCUAUCGGAUUGUAAAUCUGAAACAAACUUUACAUUUGUUGAAACACUAUCGAAUCAAUCUGUAAAUUCAUUACAAUCUUCAUUAUUACAUAGCGCUAUAUUAACAAAUGAUUAUGAUAUGUUAACAUGGGGAGCAAACUUUCAUUUUCAAAUCGGUCAUAAAUAUGGAUCCAAUACCAGUAUAUUCCCUAAUUUCAUAGAGAGUUGUCCUUUCUCUGUAAAGAACUCUUUUCCAAAGAACAGUGUUAUUGAUGUUGCCAUUGGUGGAUGGAAUUCAUUUGCUCUGACAAAGGAACCAAAAUCAGGAGCCAAUCAUAUCUAUACUUGGGGUAAUAACAAUCAUGGUCAAAUGGGUAUUGGUAGUAUCUAUAACAUUCAAACACCGUCACUGAUUCAAUCGCUUUCGACAUUCAAUAUUGUGCAGAUAUCGGGUGGUUUCUUUCACACUCAUUUCCUCACGGACAAAGGCAUGGUAUUGUCGUGUGGCCGUUCCACCGAAGGUCAGUUGGCAGUGUCAAACUCCAUGCAAGACAAACUAGUUGUAAUACCUACCAGAGCCGAUCUACUAUCGGAUAUCGAUGUCUCUUUGUUAGCAAGUGGUGCAUUCCACUCUGCUGCUGUCGACAAGAAAGGUGAUGUCUAUCAGUGGGGAGUCGGUGAAUUGAAGAAAGAUCUCAAAGACGAUGUUUACUACACACCAUUCAAUCAGCAUUGCAUGGAAUCACUGGCAGCGAUUGCAACUGAAAAGAUCAACAAAAUCACUAUUCCAGAUGGUGGUCUUGUCAUUCAGGUUGCAGCCGGUGACAACCAAACACUUGCGCUUACCAACGACCAUAAGCUCUACCAAUGGAGUACAACCGAUCAAACUCCAAAGCAAAUCGAUUUCCCAGAGUUUAAAGAUCAUAGAAUUAUAAAGAUAGCGACAAGUACAACUCAUUCCGGUGUAAUACUGGCACCAAAAGAAAAAGUAGUAACAGAUUCCAACGAGGUAGGUGAGGCCGAUACCAAAGCAAAUAACAAACUAUUUGUAUGGCCCAAUCGUUCAUUUAAAUUGGACCGUGAACUCUCAGGAAAUCUCUUUUUCACAGUUACUCAAGAACCUAAACUCUUUACAUUCCCAACCGAUCAUCAAUUAGUUGAUCUAUCGCUUGGUGCUCAUUUUUGUAUUGUUUUAGCUGAGAAAUUGGAAUUGGAUAAUAAAGUAUAG